UUAGUUUUACUGACACCAGCAAAAAUAGCUGGAAUUAUACAUUUACCCCACUGACGUCAACGUGAUUAUACAUUUACCCCCGACGGGGUAAAUGUAUAAUCCGAACAGUCGCAGCCAGAAAACACCUCGUAGAUAGCUCUGUUCACAAGAUUUUGAAAAAUGGAUUUCACCAAUCGAUAGAGAAAAGAGUUAGCUAGAUGACUUAUGAAGAAAAGUUUUUGAAAUAACGAAAAAUAAAAAAGUUAUAGCUAAUAUACUGAACUCGUCUGAUUUUUUUUAUACAUUUACCCCCACUUACUCUACUAUUAGUUUUUAAUAGAAAAAAAUUAAAUGAAACUUUUUAGAAUCCUGAAGGUCUUUUAAUUUCAUCAAAAAUCAUUGAUAAUAAAGAUGGAAUUUAUAAAGUAAUAUAUAAACCGAAUGAUGUUGGUCGUUAUAUAAUUAAUGUUAAUUAUGGUGGUAUUCCGGUUCAUAAUUCUCCAUUCAAAGUGAAAGUGGAACCGACCGGUGAUCCAACGAAAUGCCAUAUUUCGGGCACUGGCAUUAAUCCUAAUGUUCAAGUAGGUGAAGAAUAUACAAUAAC